UCUUCGGCGCCCACCAUCCCACGGAAGCACCUCAACACCUUCGCCGUCGCGUUUAUGUUGGGCUUCACGUUCUUCCUCUUCUUUCCCGGCAUCCUCGAAUUUCCUUCUAUAUCGAACUCCAUCCAACUCAUCACCCAAACAGUUUCGUCGGAGACAAGACCCGGACCGGACCCAUUUACCGAUUCGAUCAGUGUCUUUCGGAAGUGGGACUCUCAGGUGGGUUGUGUCCGAUUCAGGGAGAAGCACAAAGCAUUGCUCCCAAUUCAUUCAAAUGGGUCCUCUGCUUUGCACGAUUAUGAAUUUAAAUGUGGUGAGCUGAAAAUGGAGCAUGUCAGUGUUUUGGUGAAAGAGUGGACGUGGAUUCCUGACAAUUUGGCCAAGCUAUACUCAUGCGGCUGCGGCUUGUUCGAGACCGUUACUCCCCCGCGUCAAAGACUCUUUGGAGAUCCACUUCGUGUAUACAUGGAUCUUGAGGCUGGUAGAAAGCGGUCAGGAGUUGAAGAUAUAUUUAUAAGUUAUCAUGCCAAUGAUGAUGUUCAAUCUACCUAUGCCGGUGGGCCCUUUCGUAAUAGUCGAAAUUAUCAGGUGUCUUCAUUGAAGAACAGCUUUUAAGAUACGCUUGUGUAUUGGUCUUCGUCACGUUGUCUUCCUCAAAGAAAUCAGCUGGCCAAGCAGCUACUCAGCCUGGUGCCUCACCAUUCAUUUGGCAAGUGCUUGAACAAUGUUGGUGGCUCGGACGUGGCCUGAUAUUUCUACCCCGAAUGUGCCUACGAUGGCAGCGCCUCCCCGAAAUGGUGGGACCAUUUAGAUUGUGCCAUGUCACACUACAAGUUUGUUCUUGCCAUUGAAAACAUCAGGACAGAGAGCUACGUGACAGAGAAGCUAUUUUAUGCACUGGGCUCUGGUGCGGUGCCAAUCUACUUCAGUGCACCCAAUGUUUGGGACUUUGUCCCUCCACAUUCGAUAAUAGAUGGCUCUAAAUUCAGCUCCUUGGAGGGAUUGGCUUCUCACGUAAAGACCCUUGCUAAUGACCCAGUUGCCUAUUCAGAGUACGAUGCUUGGAGAAGAUGUGGUGUGCUAGGUAGCUAUGGAAAGACCCGUGCAUUGAGCCUGGACACAUUGCCAUGCCGAUUGUGUGAGACUGUGAGCAGAAGAGUUGGGAGAAAUGUAACAGGAUAAGAAUGCCGAUUCUUGUGCCAUUUACAUUCAAGCGGUACUCUUUUGAUUUUUGGUCAAGUAAAAG